AUGUUUUCUCCUUAUCACCAAAUCGCACUCACCUUCGCACCAUCACUUUUGCCAUCAAAUCAGAGAAAGGUUUUGCCUCUCAAAUUGGAGAUUGCUAUCCAUGCUACUUUUGUUGUUUCAAAUGUAAAUUCUAAUACGAACAUAUCUGAAGGUCCUAAAGGUCAUCCUAUUAUGUUAACCUUUGAUAUUGAUGUAGAUGGUAUCUUAAACGUAACUGCCGAAUAUGAAACAACUGGCAACAACAAUGAGAUUACAAUAAGCAAUGAUACAGGACAAUUGUUGCAGAAGAAAAUUGUGAGAUUGAUUCAAGAAACUAGAGAUUAUAAGGCUAAAGACAAAAAGUUUCUAGAGAAGGCUAGAGCAAGAAAUGAUUUGGAUGAUUAUUUUUACAAAAUGGAAAAAGCUUUAAAAGCUGUGGAAAAGAACAACAGAAUGAUCACUGAUGCAAUUGUUAAGGUCAAGAGUUUGCUUGAUGGUGAUGAAGAUCAGCAUGAAAAAGAUGUGUUCAAGAAGAAUCUGAAAGGCGCUUGGGAAUAUUUUUUAGUCAUUAUGCCAAGAUUGGAAGAUUAA